GGAGUUUAUUAGACAACACUGAGCAGUUCAUUGAUAUUGACACCCUCUGGAGGUAUGUCUCAAGAAACUAAUGUUUUACAAAUAUAAAAAAGGUGUUACACAGUCUAUUUAUCGAGUGUAUUCGUCUUUUGCGCGUCAGCACCUCAGUCAAUCAAGUGUCACGCUGGAAAGACAGUGGCUUUUGUGGAUGUUGUGGAGUUUCAAAUAAAAACGGAACUCUUUGGCUUCAGGAUGUUUCUGUUUUUUAAAAAGAAGAAACCCAGCGAGGACUCCAAGAAACGCCUGGAGUACCAGCUGUGCUUGGCCAAAGAAGCAGGUGCUGAUGACAUUCUGGACAUUUCUGCCUGUGAACUUUCAGAGGUCCCCUCCAGUGCCUUCUCCAUGUGUAAAAUACUUCAGAAGAAAGUAUUAAUUCUUCAUGGAAAUGACCUAAGGUCACUUGUACCUAAAGGUUGCUGCAUUAGUGCCUUAGCAAAUUUAAAGGUGUUGGACCUGCAUGAAAAUAAACUCGCAUCACUUCCUGAUGACAUAGGGCAGCUUUUGUCCUUGCAGGUGCUGAAUGUAGAAAAGAAUCAUAUAAAACAGCUGCCAGACUCUAUAGGGGAUCUACGGCAUCUACAGACACUUAACUUGAAAGGGAACUGCCUUUCUGUGAUUCCUGUGUCUGUGGGUCGCAUGAGCAGCCUGCGUACACUGGACCUAAGUGAAAACAGCAUCAGAGAACUGCCGAAAGAAUUGGCUUCUGUCCGCACUCUGGAAAGCCUGAUCCUGGACGCACAUGUUAUGAGCUAUCCUCCUGCGUCAGUGUGUAUGGGUGGAACAGAGGAAGUGCAGCGCUACCUCUGCUCAGAGAUGGGUGUGGAUUAUUGCCCUCCAUCCCAGUAUCUCCUGCCAGUGCUGGAGCAUGAAGAAGUGCGGCAAGAUUUAGAUUGUGUUGAUGGGGAGGAGAUGGCAUGGCAGAGCAAAUUCAUGGACUAUGAAAAGAGGAAGGAGCAGAAACAGCUGGUGAAGUUGAUCUUUGAGAAAGAGCUAGAAGAGAAACAGAGAGAGCACACUCAACUUCUCCUCCUCAACAACUCCCACAAAGAGGACAUCCUGCUGUCUGUCAAACAGGAGCAGGAACGGUUGGAGUUAGGUGUAUCUCAGCAGCAGAAGGCCCAGGAAGCAGAGAGGCAGAAAAUGCUGGAUAAUGUACGGCAGGCAGAGAGCAUUAUCAUGAGCCGUGUCUCUGACCUCCUGCUCGAUAACAAACGACAGGCAAAGAGUGCCGCAUUUCUGCAAGCUCUGGAGGAGGACCGAAUACGCAUGGAGCACCUUACUGCCAUCACACAUGAAGAAGCUGACUCUUUGAGAAAGAAGGAGGUGGCAAGUGCCAUGCAGAGGAUGCUGUCUGAGAGCUACUCUCUUCGGUUACUGCAGGAGGCCAGUGAAGCCAAGAAACAGAUUAUGAUAUCUCAGGCCAGCAGGAGUUUGGACUGUUUAGAUACAAAGUUUGACCAAGUGUUGUCCUUGCAGCAGCUAGACAAAAGCAAAGCUAUUAGGCAGAUCCUUCAAGAGGAGGAAAUGCAGAAAGCCGCCUUUAAAGCCCUUCAGCUCCAGAAGGACAGUGUGCACGCUUACAUUCGCAAUCAGAUUAAACUCAUAGAGGCAGAGUUAAUGCAACUUACAAAGCUGGAGGUUAAGAGGAGGAAUUUGGACACUGAGAACCUGCAGGAGGUUCUUUCUGAGCAGAGGACAGCUCUGACUGACCUGCUGCAGCAGUUAUUGAAACAGAAGGACCAAAGAGAGGAGGAGCUCAGGCUGGUUCUGGUGGAGAUGGAGCAGAAGAGUGAAUCCAAUCAGCAAAACUACUGGAUGAUCCAAUACCAAAGACUCCUGGAUGCCAAACCGCUGUCUCUGCGUAUGCAGGAGGCAGCUGUGGAUAGGGAACUUGGAAAUCUGCUCUGCAAGCUCUCUGCUCAGCACUAUCUGCCAAUCAUAGCUCACCACAGAAUAACUGCUGAGGCCUUGCGUCACUUGACCAGCAAAGACCUCAGCAAGCUUGGAAUCAAUGAGGUUGGUGUUCAGAAAGCUCUUCUCCACUGGGCCAAGGAACGCACUCUGUCUGACCCAUUCCCCAAAGCAGCCAUAGAGGUACAGGAAACUGGUCCGUCCACUCCUAGCGCCCCACUACAGCAGCAUCUCACUCCUCCACUGACCCCCAACACCCCCACAUCCCCCAAUCUUAAUGGACCCAGCAGCUCUGAAUGUGUGGUGUGCAUGGAACAUGAGGCACAGAUGAUCUUCCUGCCGUGUGGGCAUGUGUGCUGUUGCCAGACCUGCAGCGACGCCCUGCAGUCCUGUCCUUUGUGUCGUGGUUGUAUAUCUCAGCGUGUCCGCCUUUACCACGGCUGAAGCUGCGGAGCUUUCACAAUGACCUUCCAUGGUCUAUACCUCAUUCAUUGAUGUUGUACCUUUCUCCCAUGUGCUGCAUGAAACUGCAAUGUGUGAACCUUCAAGCACAUUAAAAGUUAAUGAAUUUUCUCAUACUCUCCAACUACAACUAGCCAAUCAAAGAGGAACUUAUCCAGUUUUCCUGACCUAAACUUAGGAAGAUAUAUGCUAAUAUAAAAAUAUGCCAUGUUGGUUAUGCCCUUUAUAUACGCAUUCCUGCUUAAGUUGAAGCACUUGUGCCUUUUCUAUAUUUAAUGUCUACUCUUUUUUUCCUCUGCAUUUAAUUAGCUGCAUGUUCUAGUAGAGCUAAAUCUCUAGCCACACACUUCCCUUCGCACUAUCAAGUUAAUCGAGUGUCUGCAUGGUACAAAAUCUCCACCAUUUCCCUACAGUGGCAUCAGAAAGUAUUUUAAUACCUUGACCAAACCAGGUUGUUAUUAAUGAAAGUAAUUGUCAGAUUUGUAUUUUUAGUAUAAAUUCGUAGACAUCUAAAUACUUUAUUUUAACGUUAUAGAGAACAGAGACUUUUGCUGGAGUGGGUAAAGCCCCAUUUGUUUUUACUUGGCAACACAGCAGAAUAGGAAGUAUUAGGUAGAAAGAAAGUAAAAUCUUUCUGAAGGCACUGUACAUUGCUGUCUAACACUCAAAGGACUUAACCUAACAAAAGCACUCUCUGUCUUUUUACAUUGUGUCAACCGUCCGGCCUCUUGACUUCAGUGAUUCUUAUUCAGUGAAAAAUAUUACACAAACACCCUUCUUACAUCACUUGUGUGUACUUCUCUGUAUCUGUUUUCAUCCAAGUGUUCUUAUGUGCAAGUCUUCUUCUCAAGUCACUUCGUUAUAGAACAAAAAAGAACUCAAUAUGCCCACGUCUGUAAAUAAAGCAAUAUUACAUUUUCACAGAAUGAUCUUGAAAUAGUGUUUAUCAGCAUGUAAAAUCACAUCACAAACUGUUAAUGUGUGCUUGGGUGCAAUACAGUUAUGCUUUAGGGACCAGACAAUUUCCUUCAUGUCUUGUACUUGCUGUACAGCUCUAAUUGCAUCUCUCAUUUAAGAAAAAAACAGGACCGCUUUUGAAUUUUCAAGUAGCAUGUACAAUCUUGUGUACAUGGCAGUUUAUGUACCAAAAAAAAAAAAGGCUUGCAAAUUUUAGUAGCAGGAGUUAGUAUAACAUUUUUUUAUUCUCUUUCUAGGAACUGGUAGAUGUUAUGGUUAUUUGAUAAUACACACACACACCUCCUUGUGACCCCCUAAGUAAGAUUGAAGCUCAAUGUUAAAUUAUUUGUGUAGCCAUUACAUGUUUCCCUGUGUUAUUCACAUAUUCAUAAUAUAGUGUAUUUUUUCAUAUUUUUACCCAACCCACCAGAUCUAGUACUGUCUGUUCAUUUUUAAGAGUGUAUGGGUUAUCACUGCUGUCAGACUACAGGAAAAUAAACCUGUUAGACAAUG